UUUGGGGACUCAUGCUGCCUUCAGGCUCACAACCAUGUCGUAACUUUGAAGGCCACACGGACAACACGGACAAGAAACGCUGAUAUUCUACGGUGUACGGUUUACUGAAUUGCCAGACGUGGUGCAUUCAACAUAACAAGGUUUAACCACUUGGUUAAACCUUCAACAGAACCUUGGUGUUUUCUAACACGACAUGGGAUGUUACGAGCUUUCAAGCAAACACUUGAAGUAGCAGCGUAAGUCCGUCUCACCACAACUCGCUGUGGCUCUGUAACUCAGCAGGUAUGUUUUCCAUGUGGAGACACCUGAAUGCUUCUCGCACUUUUACCUGUACAGCAGCGGACUUCUUCUCUCUACAGCCGCGACACACGUUGUUCCUCUGCAGCGACGCGCGGGUUUUACGCAUAAAUCCAAACAGAGACUUCUCAGGGAAACGCUUCAAUGUGCCACCGAGCGCAGAGUUUGUUGCUCGGGUGUCAGGGAUCCCCACCAUGGCCAAGUUACCUUACCAGGAGGCAGCGGACGGGCUCGAUGCGGCGUUUGUCGGCGUCCCAAUAGACACCGGGACCUCGAACCGACCCGGAGCCAGGUUUGGUCCUCGUCACAUCAGAAUGGAGUCCGCCCUGUUGAGGGCUUACAACAGCGGCACCAGGGCGGCGCCUUUCGAGUCCCUCAUGGUGGCUGAUAUUGGGGACGUCAAUGUGAACGUGUACGACCUGAAGGACACCUGCAAACGCAUCAGGGAGGCCUACAGGAAGAUCCUGGCUACUGGAUGUAUCCCUCUGACCAUGGGUGGCGAUCACACAAUUGCAUAUCCAAUCCUGCAGGCUGUUGCUGAGAAGCAUGGCCCGGUGGGUCUGGUCCACGUGGAUGCUCAUGCUGACACCAGUGACGUGGUCUUGGGGGAGAAGAUUGGACAUGGGACUCCGUUCAGACGUUGUGUGGAGGAAGGGCUUCUGGACUGUAGGAGAGUUGUCCAGAUCGGCCUGCGGGGUUCAGGCUACUCUCCAGAUUCAUAUGAAUGGAGCCGGGCUCAGGGUUUCCGUGUGGUCCAAGCAGAAGAGUGUUGGUUCAAAUCUCUUGCACCUCUGAUGGCUGAGGUCCGGGCUCAGAUCGGCAGCGGUCCGGUUUACCUCAGUUUCGACAUCGACGCUCUUGACCCCGGCUUUGCCCCCGGAACAGGCACACCAGAGAUAGCAGGGCUCACUCCCAUUCAGGGAGUUGAGAUUAUCCGGGGCUGUCGUGGUCUGAAUCUUGUCGGAUGUGAUCUAGUGGAGGUUUCUCCACCUUAUGACACCACAGGAAACACUGCUCUGACUGCUGCCAACCUCCUCUUUGAAAUGUUGUGCGUCCUCCCAAAAAUGAAAUACUACUGAUCAGAAUAGACUUACAGACAACAGGACAGGUUUGUUAACAAUCAAUACAGUUACCUGAAAACAAAGGAAAGUAUGGAGGGCCAAUUCUGCAACAAUUACAUUAUGAUAUUUUAAUCAAUAAAUAACAAAUACAAAUGUUUGUAUGUCACAAAUUAAAUAUCAGUAUAAAGGACACCAUGGAUGUAUUUAAUAGUCUAAGCAGACAUUUAUAGUAAUUACUGUAAAAGCAAUCAAAAUAUGUUUUCUAUGCAGCAGAUGUAGUAACAGCCAGUCAGGUGAGGCUCUGUGCAUUGUGGGAAAAGGACAUGUAUAAUGGAACAUGAUUUCAGGAAAACACUUCAUUUUUAUUGAAUAAAAACUUGUGUUGGACUAA